UUGUUUAGUCUGUUUGGAGUUGCAGAAAGGGAGAGGGACUCUUUUAACGCUGCAAAACUAUGAGUUAGUCUUUCAUUGUUGUGGGAGUCAAACAGCUGAUUUAUCAUGUGGGAAUCACGUCUACCAAGGCAGGCAAUGCUGGACCUUCAGGCUGAAGAGUGCUAAAUAUGCUUCGGUGAGCCCAUAAGAAGUAACUCAAUCUGAUAAAAGCAGACAUGAGUGACACGGUGGAGAACCUGGACACCAGGGACCUGGGCUGCUCAGAUGCUGAGGAUGAACCUGAAAUGGUGGACUGCGAGUUCAACCCCUCAGGUGUAUCCCGUAUCCCAUUCUCUGCCGUGUACAGGACAGUUGGCUUUAAAGAGACAGAAGCACAGGUCUAUCUGACCGCUGCCCCUAUCACUGCCAAGAUCCUCGAUGUGGAACGCUUCACCAGGGCCCCGGACCGCUUCAACAUGUCCAAACACAGGAGCGUGUCCAAGGCAAUGCCAGCCGUGUUUAAGAUAGAGCUCAAACAUGGGAACUUCUAA